AGCGGUGUAUUACAAAGCCCUGAUUGGGUAUCCUGUGUAUGACACAACAGUCUGUGAAUCUGUCUGAAAUCUUAUCUGACUUCAAAGAGCCGAGGCUUUACACAGGGUUCGGAUGCUGGGAGCCGGUUGUACUGUUUUGAACACUAAAGUUUUAGUAGCUUUUCUCUUUCAGUAGAUUUGAGGUACUCAAUGCAUCUUUUCAACGGCUUCCUCUGCAGUUGUAGUUAUUUUAGUGCAAAAGAAGAAAUUGUCAGUAUCAGUUUGGUGAUUCUGACCUUUCUGGACUGCUGAAUUCAAUUCAGGACUAAUAUAUAUACUGGUUUUAAAGUCUGAGAGCUGUCAGAAGUUUGUAAUCAUGUCUUUUGUUGCUGAUCUGUAUAGAAUCAGCCCUAAUGCAGGGAUGGCAGAGUUUCAGGAGAAGCUGAGAUUGCAGCAUGAGAACUCCAUGCACACAGAGCUGGAGAAGCUCCUGACCACUGCCAAGCCAUCAGAGGCGGAGAUCUCCAAGAAAGACUUCGAGGGCUUCAAGCAGCUCUUUCACCAUUUCCUUCAGGAGAAGGGGCCGUCUGUUGACUGGGCCAAGAUCCAGAGACCACCCGAAGGCUCGAUUCAGCCCUAUGAGAAGAUCAAGUUGAAGGGUCUUCCUGCCGAUGUGGCGUCCAGUCUUAAUAAGCUGGCUGUGGUGAAGCUCAAUGGAGGUUUGGGGACCAGCAUGGGCUGCAAAGGACCCAAAAGUCUCAUCAGCGUCCGAAACGAAAACACUUUCCUGGACCUGACCGUACAGCAGAUCGAGCAUUUGAAUAAGUCGUAUAAUGCAGACGUGCCACUGGUGCUGAUGAAUUCCUUCAACACAGAUGAAGACACCAAGAAGAUCCUGCAGAAGUACUCACAUCACCGCGUCAAGAUCCACACCUUCAACCAGAGCAGGUAUCCCAGGAUCAAUAAGGAGUCUUUGUUACCCGUGGCCACUAACAUGGGCCUGACGGGUGAGAAUGAAGAGGCCUGGUACCCACCCGGGCACGGAGACAUCUACGCCAGCUUCUUCAACUCCGGCCUGCUGGACAAGCUGAUCGCAGAAGGGAAAGAGUACAUCUUUGUGUCCAACAUUGACAACCUGGGAGCCACGGUGGACCUGCACAUCUUGAACCACCUGAUGAGCCAGCCCAGUGACAAACGCUGCGAAUUUGUCAUGGAGGUCACCGAUAAGACACGAGCUGACGUGAAGGGUGGCACACUGACACAGUACGAUGGUAAACUGAGGCUGCUGGAGAUUGCGCAGGUGCCCAAAGCUCAUGUAGAUGAGUUUAAAUCAGUCACCAAGUUCAAGAUCUUCAACACCAACAACUUGUGGAUCAGCCUGCCGGCCAUUAAAAGGCUUCACGAAAAGAAUGCCAUGGACAUGGAGAUCAUUGUCAACCCUAAGACUCUUGACGGUGGUCUCAACGUCAUUCAGCUGGAGACAGCUGUGGGCGCUGCCAUGAAGAGCUUCGACAACGCGCUCGGCAUCAACGUGCCCCGCAGCCGCUUCCUGCCCGUCAAAACCACCUCGGACCUUCUGCUGGUCAUGUCUAACCUGUACAGCAUGAACGCAGGCUCUCUGACCAUGAGCCCCAAGAGAGAGUUUCCCACAACACCUCACGUCAAACUGGGCAGCUCCUUCACUAAAGUUCAAGACUUCCUGAAAAGGAUUGAGAGCAUCCCAGACAUGCUGGAGCUGGAUCACCUGACUGUAUCAGGAGAUGUCACCUUCGGAAAACAAGUCACACUCAAGGGAACGGUUAUCAUUAUCGCUAAUCAUGGAGAUAGAAUCGACAUCCCGGCCGGAGCGAUGCUGGAGAACAAGAUCGUUUCUGGAAACCUGCGCAUCCUGGACCACUGAGACCUUCACAACUGAACUACAACCACAUCCAUCAUUUUACCUGGACAUUUACAUGUGUGUGUGGAAACGUGUGUCAGAUUUGAGUGUGUGAUUAUCAAAAACCGUCCAAUUAGCAUUAAAUGCCUGAAUGAGAACAAUCAGAAUUCACUGUAAAUGCUUCUGACAGUGAAUUUUACAAAGGACUGUGUAAUGGGUUUUUAAAGAAGACUGGUUUGGCUGGUUUGUAGCUCACUCAGUUUAACAAUGAAGACAAGUGUCAGAUGAUGGAAAAAGGAGACGGCCCUUUAAAUAAUGAUCUGUUCACUUUAAGACAGAAAUUAAAGUGUUUUUGAACUUCAAAA